AUGCCAACGACUUCAAGAAGAGGUCAAGGUCAGGACGUGGCUGCUGAUGCGGCAGCGAUCGCGGAGUGGAAUUCGAGGAAAUGGUAUGUCAGCAGUAGCGGUGUCCUCCCGGUCGUCCGAGGUUCACGUGUGCUUUGUGGGUGCGCAAUAAUUGGAACGGACGGACGGACAGGGACGAGGACCUUGCGCGGGGGUAUCACAUUGGAUGGGGUUGGGAUUGGCAGGGAGAACAAGAUGUACGGGUGGGAUAGGUUGAAGGGAAUGUGUUGUUCAUGUAUCUGCUGGAUGCUUGGAAGCACGGGUCGAAGGUCCGCUCGAACGCGUGCCGGCGGGGACGUCGGUCGCUCGAGUGUUGAAUGAGUCUCAUGGUGGAAGGCAAGCGGUCCAACUGCGGAGGUAGACGCGUCCUUGUCGGCCCUUAGACGCCGAUCACAUGCGACAAGACGAUCAAAAUAGUAUUUACAAUGGAGUGGAGCUAACUGACACUGGCUUGGCUUCUGCGACUCUUGUCGUGUGUGCAGGGUCUGGGUUGCGGACGCGACGCACGGAUACGUCGCUGGUUGGGUCAUCAAGGAUGAGGACGGGGUCUCGGCUGUCGCGAUCGAUUCGGGUGAAGCAGUAUGUCUACUCCACCCAUAUUCAGAUGAUCCGAAACAGCUACUGAUAGAUCCCCACCCUUUGUUGUACUCAGGUGCGCCAAGUUCCCUCCCUGGAUCUUUCGCGCGUGAACCCCCCGACGUUCGAAGGCGCGGACGAUAUCGCCGACUUGACCUACCUCAACGAAGCGAGCGUAGUACACAACCUCCGCACGCGCUACAUGAACGAUUCCAUCUACGUCCGUCCGGGUUGUCGUGAAACUGAAACACUUUUUGAAUUGAGCGAAUUCAAAGAGCUCCGGCUGACGAGAUCUCUUGAAACCUCGCGAUGGACAGACCUAUUCGGGCUUGUUCUUGGUCGCGGUCAAUCCGUAUCGGCCGUUAACGAUCUAUACACCCAAGAUUGUCGAGAGUAGGUCAUCAUCUUACCGUGGGAGGAUGAAGUUAGCACUGAUACUCACCCAUCGGAUUGUACGCUGCAGGCUAUAAGAACCGCCGAAGGGAUCAGAACCCGCCUCAUGUCUUUGCCGUCGCCGAAAAGGCAUGGCAGAACAUGAUCGCCCAUCGGGAUCAAUCUCAAAGUGUUCUCGUCACGUAAGUAUCGAGUCCCGACGGAGAGACUAUCGGACCCCAGAAUACUGACCAUCCCCCCACUCCCUCUCCCCACAGUGGAGAAUCCGGUGCCGGUAAAACGGAAAACACCAAGAAAGUAAUCCAAUACCUCGCCGCGAUCGCUGCGGACCCUUUACCCUCUUCCUCCUCCUUCGAUCUCUUGGCCCGACAAGCCCAAGUCGAAUCCCGAACGGUCGACCAAGCCACGGGUAAGAAACUGGGUCAAUUGGAAAGGCAAAUCUUGGAGGCGAACCCGAUCUUGGAGGCGUUCGGUAAUGCGCAAACGGUCAAGAAUAACAAUUCGUCACGAUUCGUGAGUCGGAGAUUGUCCAACAGACCGCAAGGGCGAAACGAAUGACCCAUGUUUCUCGUAUUUCUUUCGCUCCCAGGGCAAGUUUGUGCGCAUCUUUUUCAACUCGGUUGGCGCGAUCGCGGGGGCCAACAUCGAUUGGUACCUCUUGGAGAAAUCACGCGUCACCUCCCGCAGCGACAAGGAACGCUCCUUCCACAUCUUCUUCCAACUCUUGCGAGGCGCCGACUCGGGCUUGCGUCAACAGUUGCUCUUGAGCGGUCAAUCGAAGGAUUACGCUUACCUUGCAGGAGGACGUCAAGACGUCGAUGGCAUGGACGAUAAGCAAGAAUGGAGACUUUUGCGCAAGGCCCUUGAAACCGUUGGGUUCUCCGACGACGAACAACUUCGUCUCUUCCGCAUCAUCGCGGCGAUCUUGCAUUUGGGCAACAUUCAAAUCGAAGGUACGGACCAAGCCCAUCUCGUUGAUCGAACUCAACUCGAGAAGGUCUGCUUCCUCCUCGGACUCGACGAAACGCCUUUCAUGAACGCGCUCGUGAGACCUAAAGUCAAAGCAGGGAGGGAAUGGGUCGUCCAAGCUCGGUCGGCGAAACAAGUCCUCGAUGAAAUCGCGGCUUUGAGCAAGGCUUUGUAUGAGAAGAACUUUGGGGCGAUGGUCGAGAGGAUCAACGCUGCGCUGGGCAGACCUUCGACGAAGACUUUCAUUGGGGUGUUGGAUAUUGCGGGGUUUGAGAUCUUCGAGACGAACGGGUUCGAACAGCUUUGCAUCAAUUUGACCAACGAGGUGUGCAGGUGCAAAGCAUGCCAAUCAGGAACUUCAAGCUGUGGCUGAUCCCUAGGUGCUUUUUGGUGUCCUUUCCAGAAACUCCAACAAUUUUUCAACCACCACAUGUUCGUACUCGAGCAAGAUGAAUACUCGCGUGAGGAGAUCGCGUGGGAAUUCGUCAACUUUGGGUUGGAGCUUCAGCCGACGAUCGAUUUGAUCGAGUCCAACAACCCGAUGGGUAUUUUGAGUUGCUUGGAUGAUGCGUCCAUUAUGCCCAAGGCUAGUGACAAGUCGGUGAGUCGAGCCGGAUUGUGGAAUAUGUUUCGUGCGGUAGACACUGAUGAACUCCGUCGAUGCACGUUAGUUCACGGACAAAAUGACCGAACUGGCGACGCGAAAGCCCAUCUCGACGCAAUACACCAAUUUCACCCCCUCUCGCAUUGAACAAGGAUUCACUGUCUCCCACUACGCGGGCAAAGUCGAAUACCGUACCGAGGGCUGGCUCGAAAAGAACCGCGACCCCCUCAACGACAACAUCACUUCGCUCUUGUCCCACUCGUCGGACGCGUACGUUGGCGAACUGUUUGCUGAGUACGCCGAAGCCGAGAUUGUCGGGGGUGGUGCGGGUGAUCUGGCGCCGAGGAGUCGAGCUCGAAAGGGAGCGUUCAGGACCGUCGGUCAAAGGCACAAGGAACAACUGGCGAACCUGAUGGCUCAAUUGAAGGAGACGCAACCCCAUUUCAUCCGUUGCAUCGUCCCCAACCUCGCCAAAGCGCCCAGACAAAUCGACGUCCCCCUCGUGCUCGAUCAACUGCGUUGCAACGGUGUGCUCGAAGGUAUCCGUAUCGCCCGAUUAGGCUACCCUAAUCGUCUCCCCUUUUCCGAAUUCCGUCGUCGCUUCGAGCUCCUGGCCCCAGGUUUGAUCCCCAAAGGUUUCUUCGAUGGCGGACAAGCGUCCCAAACGAUCCUGCACCACCUAAAGCUCAGUCCCGAGUCCUACCGUCUCGGUUUGACCAAAGUGUUUUUCAAAGCCGGGAUCCUCGCCGAACUCGAAGAACGUCGUGACGAAUACCUCUCCGGCGUCGUCACUCGUAUCCAAGCGACCUGUCGUCGCUUCAUCGUUCAACGCCAAGCGAACAAGAUAUUGAACCGCGCGAAUGCGGUGAGGACGAUUCAGAGGAACGCGAGGGUCUAUAACGAGUUGAGGGCUUGGCCUUGGUGGGCUUUGUUUCAACGCGUACGGCCUCUGUUGGCGGCUGCUAGGAGUGAUGAUGAGAUGAGGAGGAAGGAGGAGGAGUUGAGCAAGACCAAGGAGGAGGCGGUCAAGGCUUUGCAAGAGAGGGAAAGGUUGGAGGAAGCUCAGCGUCGUCUCGAGGAGGAGCACAAGAAGACGGAAGCGGCGUUAAAGAAUGAACGGCUGGCCGUCGAGGAUCGAGAGUUGCAACUCCAACGAUCGAAGGAGAGGGAAAUCAAGCUGCAAGAAGCUUUGGCCGCAGCGGACGUGGAGAUCGAUACGAUCGAUCGACAGCUCGAACGAGCGAUGGUGGCCAAGACUCAAGCCGAACAACGCGUGGGGGAACUCAAUGCCGCGUAUGGGAAUCAGAACAAGUUGCUCGAGACAUUGCAGUCCGAACAGGCCGCUUGGAAGGCCAAGGAACAUGAAUGGGCGAGUCAAACGUCCGUCAAGACCGCUGAAUGGGAGGCGAUCAAGAAGGUUCGACGAGAGGCGGCUUCGAAGACUAGCGAUCUGCAACGCCAACUCGUCGAACUGAAGCAAGAUCGACAACGCGAGCAGGAGAGGUUGAACGCUUCGAUUGUGGGAUUGACAUCGAGGUUGGCGAUGGAGACCAAGGCUUCGACGGAGGCGAGGCAAAAAUUUGUUGCGCUUGAGGGGGAGAUGAGAGCGGCGAAAGAGCAUGCCGUGGUGAUGCAGAAUCAGAAGCGGGAGGUCGAGGCAGGAGUCAAGGCAAAGGAGAGCGAGCUGGCUCGUAUCUCGUCGGGUGAGUGUGGUCAGCUUGUGGGGUUGAUCCAGAUAUCAUUUUGCUGACGCAUUGUUCUUCUUUCUGCAGAGCACGCUUACAUCGUCAAGAAGAGCGAAGCGGCGAUGACUCAAGUCCGAGAUCUCGAGCUGCGCGUCUCGAGCUUGACGAAGGACCUCGCUGAGCAGACCCGCGCUCUCGAGAGUUCCCGUUCCGCCGAGUCAAGAGCUGCCACCGACGUCGUGACGCUCAAAAAAUUGCUCGACGACAAGUCCUCGGAUCAUCAACGCACGGCCGAGCUGAACCAGAUCAAGGAAGCCGAAGUACAAGAUCUGCGCUUGCAAGUCUCCAAGACGACGAACGAACUGCGCUCUCUUCAACGCGAGUCCGCUAGUGAUUUGGCCCGGCUACGGAAGGACACUGAUGCAGCACGCAAAGAGGCGUCGGAUCUUCGUUCGCACAAGACGGAUUUGGAAAGAGAGGCACGAGCGAGUGCAAGUCGCGUUGCCGAACUCGAGGCUCGGACGGCCGAUCUCGAACGCGCGCAACAGGCUCAUGACCUCGAGAUCGAGUUGAUGCGUACCAAGGCUGCCGAGUCGAUGCUCAAGGAGCGGGAGAAGUGGGAGCGGGACCUCGCUUCGGCCCAGAGUCGAUGCACCGAAGCCGAGGAAGCGAGCGUCACCGCUCAACGCGAAACGGGAUCGGCGCGCCGGGAGGUUGCUCAGCUUCAGCAAGCGCUCGAGGCGAUGCGCAAGGAUCAAGAGACGCAGACCUCUCUUCGACGGAAGCUCGAGGACCAGAUCGAGCAACAACACGUCGUCCUCGCCGACUUGGACAAGAUCAACGGUGACCUGCGCAGCGAACUCGCCGCGACGCAUGCUCGUCUCGUCGUCGCCGAGGACAAGGCCGGUCGAACCGUCGUCGAACACAUCCGAGUGCUCGAAGAGGCGCAACGCUUGCAGAACCUCGAUAUGGAUCGCAUGCGAGCCGAUCGCGAGAAACGGGAUGCGUAUGUGCGUACGCUGGAACGCGCGAGGGCCACGUUGACGCAGACUGUGGAGGAUAUGCAACAUGAGCGAGAGACGGAACGACGACAGGCGUGGGCCAACAAACCGGUGCGCGACACGUCAGCCGAUCGCCUCAAGGACGAGUACGAGAGUGAGAAGAAGUUGCGCGAAUUAGCUGAGUUGAACGUCGUGAGUUUUUUUUGAGAGUUCAUGUUGCUUCGUUUCCUUCUAUGACGCUGACCGCUCGACCCGCCCGUUAUUGCAGACACGCCUGCGGAACGAGAUCUCACAACAGCAAACGCUCCUGACGACGACGCUGAGGGAGAACGCCGAGCUGCAGCGGCAAAAAACAAAGAUGGAACGCGAAAUGACCAUCAUCUCCGCCUCGGAUCAUAGCGAGAAGCUCGUCUACCCCUCCGCACGCAACGAUCGACCGAGAAGCAUGCAAGAAUCUCGUCUCGCGAACGUAAUCCCUUCGAGCGGGACGACGCCGACGCUCUCGGCUUACCAACGAGGUAUGGGGAGCGCUAAUCUCAGCUCGAGUCCUACAACCGUCGGUAUCGAUUCUCUGUACAAGCCUUCAUCGCUGUCGCAUUCGACGACGGUACCGACGCUACGAUCGAGCGCUUCCUCCGCGGGCUGGAACGGUAGUGCUUCGACGAGGAGGAGGAACUACGAGUGA